CCGGGGGCCAUCUUGAGGGGCAUAACCCCUGAGACGGAUAGGGCUGCCCUCGGGGCUUAUAAUGAUGCGGCCCUCGAAGACCACAUUCUCCGCUCCUCCCUCUCUGCUUGUCUAGCCCUCGGCGAACAGGCCCGGAGGCUUCAAGAAUGGCGCCUCCAUAAAGCGGAGCAGGACGCCAAAAUGAGGGAGUGUAUCCUCAAAAACAAGGAGGCCGUGAAGCUGGGGGCCAGGCUAGAAGAGGAGCUUCGGCAAAUGAAGCUAAAAUUGGAGGCCGCAGAAAAGAGCAAGGCUGAUGCCGA